AAGCAACAGUAAAGAUGUGCAUUUCACCUUGGACCGCUGCUCCAGUGCUAUUGUUAUGGAAACUGAGGGUGUGGACAGUUGGGCCAUGACUGAGGACCGCUCCUCCUGUGAGGUCAGAGGAGUCACGCCUAAUAGGGACAGGUACCUGAAUGUGAGUCAGGUGUUGCAGCUAGGUGGGGUCAACGAGAACAUGUCCUAUGAGUAUCCCCAGCUACAGCAAAAGCACUUCAAUGGUUGUCUGCGCAACCUGGUUGUAGACAGUAAGAUCUAUGACCUUGGCUCUCCCUCGGCAUCCUCCAGCACUGCCCCAGGCUGCUCUCUGACUGAUGGGAACUGUAUGAACAUGGGUGUACCAGUCUGUGGCUCCAGGGGGCACUGUAAUGGGCAGUGGGACUCCUUCAGCUGCCAGUGUGGGCCCGGGUACACAGGGAUCCACUGUGAAGAUGAAGUUCCAGAGUUUUCCUUCAAUGGAAGGAGCCAUGUCCAGUACCAGGUGGGCUGGUCACUCCCCGCUCGUCACUCCAUCUUUCAGCUCCAGGUGCGAACCCACACCCCCAGCGGUGUCCUCCUCAGCCUCCUCUCGCAGGAGCAGAAUGAAUACUUACGUCUGGAGAUGUUUCAGGGGCUACUGGCUGUCUUUUACAACAUGGGUGACAGACCCUACAACCUCACGCUGCCCUUCUAUCGCCUUGACAAUGGAGAAUGGCAUGAGGUGGAGCUUGAUCGUCAUGGCAAAGAAUUCACCCUUCAAUUGGACGGUGGCGGUGGAAGGCGGGAGGUUACGGGCGCUCCUGGGCGGAGUCAGGAGAUAGUCAUCGACCAAUCAGUGGUGAUGCUGGGAAACUCCUUCCCCUCAGGACACAACCACAGCUUCCUAGGAUGUCUGCGAGACCUAAGGCUGAAUGGGCGGCCCAUGCCCAUUGCCAAGCAGCCCUCUGUGGGGUCUGAGGGGCUCCAGGUGGUCACUUCUCAAGGGGUCUCCCCAGGCUGCCCCUCAGAUGCCUGCAGGAAACACCAGUGCUCUCCCCCCUUCAUCUGCAUGGACCUCUGGAGGAAACACGAGUGCAGGUGCCCCCCUGGUCACAUGAUGAAGAAGAAUGCCUCGGGCAAGGUCUGCGUCUACACGCUGUGCGCCAGCAGGCCCUGUCGCCAUGGCACCUGUGUGGCCCACUCCCCCUCCAAGUACUCGUGUCACUGCUCGGAGGGCUAUCGCGGGCUCCACUGUGAGGUCUCUCUGGCACUGUACCACAACGACGACAGCAACACGCUGAGCCUCAGCUCUGCGUUUGCCAUCAGUAUCUGUGUCCUGGCCUUCCUAGUGCUGAUGCUGGGCCUGCUCCUCUACUCCUGCUGGAGGAGACACAAGGGCCUGAAGGAGAGCGUCUACCACGUAUCAGCACACCACGGAGAAUGGGAGGACAUCCGAGAGAACGUGCUCAACUAUGAUGAGGAGGGCGGAGGGGAGCAGGACCAGAAUGUCUUCAACAUGGUGGAGUUACAGAGGUCUCUGCAGCCCAGCCCAGCCCAGUCACUGAGAUACAGCUACCCACAAUGCAUAAUCUCCUACCCUCAGACGACCAAGCCACCGGACACCAAGAAUGGGACAAAACCAAAAGGAUCAAACGAACCCAGAAUCGGCAGCACAGCGAUCGCCCUGCGUCUGGCCCACCCUCCGUCCGGGUCUGCUACCCUCCCCUCUCCCCUCGCCAUGCGGCAAUCCCAUAAGUCCCUGUCCUUCUCCAGUCAGGACCUGGCCCGCUACCUGUGUGAGAUCAUAAGGGACACGGACCAUCCCCUGGGGGACAACCCUGGCUUCAUGACCUCACAGCGUCGCCUGUCCAAUAGGGGGAGGCAUGGUGGUCUAGUUGUGCGCUCACUUAGCUCCCUCAGUGCUGGAGGUCAGGGGUCAGAGGUUAGGGUUCAGGGGAAUCAGGAGAGCCUGGAGCGUCAGAGAGCCCAGAGCCCACGGCUGGACAGGCUCAAAGCCCUGCGAGCUGUAGUCAGUGAGCUCAGAGUGGAUGCUGCUGUAGACUGCUGCCACCAAGAGCACAGAGGGACAGAAGGACAAAGUGAAGUAGAGGGAGACCAGGGGGCAGGCCAACUGUGAGAAGAGAAUGAGAUUGGAGUUGUGCAAUUUUUAAAUCGAUUGAUCCAAAGAUGGGGGGGAAAAAAAACAAAUAAGAACAAAUAGUUGAGAAAUGUACAUUUCUGAUUUGUAAUCCAUUUGUAAAGUAUUUUAUGGGUGGAUUGUGGCAAAAAUGUGAUGCAUCUUUGAUGUGACUGGUUGUAAAAUCUAUCUGGAAAAGCAGCACCAUUUUCUUGGCAAUGCCCUGUCUAUACCCCACAAAAAUAUAUGUAAAAGAAGGCUAAAUGAAUCUAGAUUUUAAAUAGGGUUCCUUUUUUGUUGUUGAUAAUUAUCGUAAUAUAAUGUCUGUGAGAAAAAAAUAUUUUGUUUGUUUUGUUUUGAUUUAAUGCCUUUUAAAUACAUGAAAAUCUUUGAUAAAGAAAUCAGAAAAACAUUUAGAGAUGUAUGUCUGUGAUAAUGAGCCAUUGCUAUCUUUGAGGUUCAUUUUUGUGAUACAUUUUUUAUUUCAGAUUUUUACCAACCAAUUUUCAUUAUCAAAAGCUAUGUUUGGUAAAUGCAUGCCUCUAUUCCUCAGCAAUUUAAGUAUAUCACUGCACUACCUCUUAUUUACUGAUUCAUAAUAGCGCCUAAAUAUUAUAUGCAAUUAAAACCCACUUGUCUAGA